AUGGAGGUCGUGCAGGAAGCUGCAGGAGGACCCCAGCUGCUGCACUUGGGGGCUGGGGUUGUCACACUGCUGUUGACGGUUGUGACCGUGUGGUCUCUGCCCUCCCUGUUGGAUCACUGGAGACGAUGGUGGGUUGCGAAGCCGAUCCCGGGUGUCAGCCCCUGCUAUCCUGUGCUGGGAAAUGCUCCCCUCUUUGAGCGGGAUGGAGAAGGUUUUUUUAAACAACUACAAGUUUAUGUUGAGGAGUUCAGGAGUUUACCAUUGUUCAAACUUUGGAUAGGACCAGUGCCUGUCGUGGUUUUGUAUCACCCUGACAGUGUGGAGGUUAUUCUGAGCAGUUCAAAACACAUAGAAAAAUCGUACCUGUACAAAUUCCUGCAUCCGUGGCUGGGCACUGGACUUCUGACGAGCACUGGGGACAAGUGGCGGUCACGGAGGAAGAUGAUAACUCCCACGUUCCACUUUGCAAUCUUAACUGACUUUCUAGAGGUUAUGAAUGAACAAGGAGGUAUUCUGUUGGAGAAACUUGAGAAGCAUGUUGACAAGGAACCAUUUGAUAUCUUUCUGGACAUCACUCUAUGUGCCCUUGAUAUCAUCUGUGAAACAGCGAUGGGCAAGAAUGUGGGUGCUCAGGAGAAUAAGGAUUCUGACUAUGUUCGUGCCAUCUACAGGAUGAGUGAUCUAAUCCAACGGCGGCAGAUGAACCCUUGGCUUUGGCCUGAUCUUGUAUAUAUGCUAUUGAAGGAAGGAAAAGAGCAUGAGAGGAACCUCAAGAUCCUUCACAAUUUUACAGAUACAGUCAUUGCAGAAAAAGCUGCAGAGCUUGAAAACACCAAGCAAACAAAAUAUGAUACUGAUGGCAACUGUGAAGAAAAUGGCUCCAAAAAGAGAAAAGCUUUCCUGGACAUGCUGCUGAGUGCAACAGAUGAUGAAGGGAACAAAUUGAGCUACAGGGACAUUCGUGAGGAAGUGGAUACUUUCAUGUUUGAGGGCCAUGAUACAACAGCAGCUGCUAUGAACUGGGCUCUCUACUUACUUGGAUGUAAUCCUGAAGCCCAGAGGAAGGUUCACAGAGAACUGGAUGAGGUGUUUGGCAACACUGAGCGUCCUGUUACAAUGGAUGAUUUGAAGAAGCUUCGGUAUCUUGAGUGUGUUCUGAAAGAAGCCCUUCGGCUCUUCCCUUCGGUUCCGCUUUUUGCCCGUACCUUGAGAGAAGAUUGCUAUAUUAGCGGAUAUCAGGUACCAAAAGGCACAAAUAUUCUUGUCAUAACUUAUGCCCUGCACAGAGACCCUGAGAUCUUCCCUAACCCAGAGGAGUUCAAGCCUGAGCGAUUUUUCCCUGAAAAUUGUAAGGGAAGGCAUCCUUAUGCUUACGUGCCUUUCUCAGCUGGUCCCAGGAACUGCAUUGGUCAGCGCUUUGCACAAAUGGAGGAGAAAGCUCUUCUAGCCCUCAUCCUGCAGCGCUUUUGGGUGGACUCAUGUCAAAAGCCAGAAGAGCUUGGUAUAACUGGAGAACUGAUUCUUCGUCCAAAUAAUGGCAUCUGGGUUAAGCUGAAGAGGAGGACCAAUGCUGGAUCAGAAUGAAAGGAAAUUCAAGAUUUUUUUUCCCAAAAACUUCCAAGCUAUUUAGGCUGAGAUAUAUUUUUAAAUCAGAUAUUUUGUUGGCAGUCCAACAAUUUGUUGAAACUAAAGUCAUUACUGGUUGUU